AAUUAUAUACCCUAUGGACUAUAUACAGAACUCUAUACUCUUUAUUUCUUUGUCUAUGCGCGUAAGGUCGUAGUGCAUAUCCUAAUUUGUAAUCGCUAUUAUGUACAUGUUAUGUGUCUGGAACAGCUUGGACUGGGUUAACCAAGGUGUGUUGAGCUCCAUGCCUUGGGGAGAUGGCCACUACAAUGUAUAUUUUAAAUUACUAAGGCUGUAUACCUUAAGCUUUUUAUUUUCCUCGAGGAGGGUUCCUGCCAAAUCUGCCAUCACUCUGGACCUUUAUAGAGAUGUUUGUUGUUUUGAAAGUACGUUUUGUCCCCCAGUGUGGAGACAAACCGGGGAUGAUGAUGGUGAACAAGUGUCCUACAUCGUAUUCUCUUUAACAAAAAAAACGUGCCCUCAUUUUAUUUUAGAAGAACGUAGCUCUAUACAACGUGCCUGGAAGGCCUAUAUAUAAUGCCUGCCGGCUCUAUCUAACUAUAGAACUGUCCUAUAUAUAUAUAUAUAUAUAUAUAUAUAUAUAUAUACGGCCUGUGGAGAUUUUAAAAAGGGAAAAUCUGAAUUUGAAGAUCAUCCCUGGUACGAGGGUCUUGCGUACGUUUUGUUUCAGCACAAAAGCCCAGGUCAGAGGAGACUUAUUGAGGCCAAGUGAAAGAGAAGGGCGUCUUUUAUGAACUUACCUGCAUGGAGUUAUGAACACCAAUCAAACUUCAUCAUGAUUUCUUUACCCCCUGACGUGCGUGUGUGUGUGUGUGUGUGUGUGUGUGUGUGUGUGUGUGUGUGUGUGUGUGUGUGUGUGUGUGUGUGUGUGUGUGUGUGUGUGUGUGUGUGUGUGUGUGUGUGUGUGUGUGUUUGUGUUUUAACGUGCAGCACUUCAGGAGGUUCACCAAUUACACUGAGGUGAGGGUAAGACUGUCUUGUAACGGUCUCAGGGUCGUUGGGGGUAACCUAGGUAAUCUUUUUGCCAGAAUAGGUCACCACGUACAAGUUGUGGAAAUUGCUAAAGGCAAAAAUGGCAGAGAAUGAGGGGUUAAGCAGUCGAGGAUUGGAAAAUGACCAUAUACAGAAUUUCCGUCCAGUUAUUUUUUGGCAUCAUGAAUUGUGAUGGAUAAUAAUUGACCAAGCUGUUUCUCUGCUCUUCUCUGACAGAAAAAAACGUUUAUUCCUUUUCUUCAACUUUCAGACAAUGAGCUUGAAAGUUAGGCGAGCGGAGAGGACCCUGUUAGAAGCUAGUGCCUGAGUCUCUGGGAAUAUGCCAGUGAUGACUAACAUUGGAUUUGACAAAAUGUUACUUGUUUUUACACGAAUGGUUAAGUCGUUGUGUACAUAUAUAAAUAUAUGUAUAAAUAAAUUAAAGAUUUUUAACUACAGAUUGUGCUAUAGAGGAUUUAUUUUGGUUGGUCAACAGUUGCUUUGUUAAUUAUAUCUAAUAAUACAUUUUUUUAUAUAUUUACACAAAAAUAAUGUUUUGGGUCAAGAAAUGAUUUAACAAUGUGUCCACAUGCUCAAUACAAUGUGAUUUAAGGGAUGUAAUUCAAAAUGUUCCCUAAACGAAUACGUUGAUACAAUAAAUGUACAACUCUUUAGGUCAAAAUGACAUUACAUACAAGUAUAUUCAGAAUAUAUGAGGCACACUGCUCAGUGGCACCCCUGGUGUUCCUGUGCGGUACCGCUGUUGGCAUGACAACCACAACCUCGUUGACAUGGCCUCUCUUCUGAAAGAACCUUUAUUUGAAAUAAGUGCACAAGGCCCUGCGCCUAAUAAGGAUUUUUAUCAAUUGAGCAUCACUAAAUCAGACGUAAUAUGGAGGUAUUGGAAGAUUUCCCUCAGAAAUGCCUCCAGGAACGCAAAGCCCGGGGAGCAGAGAGAGUCCCACCAAGACUACCUGGAGGACACCCGCCUACAGAGCCAGGUGGGCCUGGUGUUCGGCCAGGGGGUCCAGGCCUACACGCUGGCCCUGGGCCGAGGCUGCUACGACUACCUGGAGCGCCUGCCUGACGCCCUGCUGCUCCGCAUACUGGCCCACCUGCAGCUGGAGGAGGUGGGCGCGCUGGGCCAGACCUCCCACCGCUUCAGGAAGCUGUGCAGCUCAGAGGCCUUCUGGGAGCAGGCGGUGCGGGGCCACUGGGAGACGGUCCCGGCCGAGGUGGGGUCCCUCGGGCUUGAGCUGGGCUGGCGCCGGGUCUUCUUCACCAGCAAGCUGCAGCUCCAAAAGCUGAUCAGCCGCCAGCGGCAGCAGCUCAGAGAGGAGGAGGAGGAGGGACCCCUCUCCCAGGGCGGCAGAGGGCCCGGCCCCUCCUCUCCGGUCAUGCUUGCCUGGUUGCGCUCGCACGCGGCCAGCGACCUAGGCGACACCGGGCGGGUUCUGCAUGACGCUCUCCCGUCAGCUCCAACGCCUGCGCCCCCUACUGCCGCCCAACUGGGGGCCGGCCUGCUGCGCUGCCUCUGCCAGGGAGGAGGCAUGGGCUGGGGCACCCAGGGAUCAGUGGACGUCGCCCAGUGUUGA